AUGAGUGAAAAAGAAGUUUUAGAAAUUUUAAAUCAAACAAAUACUAAAACUUUUGAAAAAAUUUUAGAAAAAGAAGGUUUUGAUAAAGAAGAAUUAUUUUUAAAUAAUAAAAUUAGUAAUGAAAAUUUAGAAUAUUUUAGUGAAGAAAAUCAAAUUUCUGGACAAGAUGAAUAUGAUUGGAAUCCUGAAGAUUUAUUAAUUUCAGAUGAUGAUUA